CGAGGUUUCUCUACGCAUGCGCGAAUCCCACAAUCUCCGUUUUAGACCUACACAUGCGCAACCAGUUCACCAUACGCGGAGAACCGUACGCUACCAAGGCUGCAAACAUUAUAUCAUAUAUGCUACGUCGUGUUGUUUGUGAAGGGCGGGAGCAGCAUGUUGAGGAGGAGUCACGGAACAGCUGCAGAGGGAUCGGCUGGAAGGUGCUCUUCCUGGCUCAUCGUUCAGAUGAGAUUCAGCGGGAAAUAAUGAUCAUUCAUCUCUAGUGAAGGCAGCCGAACAGUCCCGGUAGUCUAACGCUUCACAGUUGAAAAAAUUCUGUAGAGAUACAAAUUGUGGACCCUCCUGCUCUUCGCCAUCAGCAUGCGGUGACUGGGGUCUGAAGACCCAGUGUGUCCGGCAGCAGCAGGCAGCUUAGAUGAAGGAUGAAGAGCCCAGUGCACAGAUACAGGGACGUAGAGCAUGGGCGUGGGCAUGCCGGGGAUCGGGCAGGAGUAAACUGCCUACAGGCUGAGCAGCGCAUCCCCAUCUCCAAAGAUGUUAUCACUUCCUCCUCUGCCUCAGCCAUGUGGUUCAUCUGGGAUGCCUGCGGCAUAGUGUGCGCGGUCAUCACCUGGCUGCUGGUGUUGUAUGCUGAGUUUGUGGUGCUGUUUGUAAUGCUGCUGCCCUCCAAGAGUCUGACAUACUGCAUUGUGAACGGGACCUUGUUCAACACACUGGCCUUCCUUGCCCUCGCCUCACACCUCAGGGCCAUGUGCACUGACCCUGGGGCUGUACCAAAAGGGAAUGCUACUAAGGAAUACAUAGAAAGCCUUCAGUUGAAACCAGGGCAGGUGGUCUACAAAUGUCCAAAGUGCAGCAGCAUCAAGCCUGACCGAGCCCACCACUGCAGUGUUUGCAAACGCUGUAUACGGAAGAUGGACCAUCACUGCCCCUGGGUCAAUAACUGUGUUGGGGAGAACAACCAAAAGUACUUUGUGCUUUUCACAAUGUAUAUUGCACUCAUCUCUCUCCAUGCUAUGGUCAUGGUGGUCUUCCAUUUCCUCUAUUGCUUUGAAGAUGAUUGGACAAAGUGCAGCUCCUUCUCUCCCCCUGCAACAGUCAUCCUCCUCAUACUCUUGUGCUUUGAGGGUCUCCUCUUCCUCAUCUUCACCUCUGUGAUGUUCGGCACCCAAGUCCAUUCCAUCUGUACCGAUGAGACCGGUAUAGAGCAGUUGAAAAAGGAAGAGAGAAGAUGGGCUAAAAAAACUAAAUGGAUGAACAUGAGGGCGGUGUUCGGACACCCUUUCUCCUUAUUGUGGUUUAGUCCCUUCUCCACCCCUGACCAUGGGAAGGCUGAGACAUACCAGUAUGUGGUGUGAGAGCUCAGCGCAGGGAACGAGGCAGCCGGGUCAGAAACAAAUUGGGAGGCCCGGUCCAACCCCACAGAGCAGACGUUUGCCGUUUUGUUGCUCCCAAUGUUGAACACGAUUUACACUGUAUCAUGGACAGCUUCUCAUCUCUUUUUUUUGUUGCCAAACCAAGUGCGCUAUACAUUAAAUUUUGUGUUAAGUUGCAGAGAAAAGGAAACUUUCAGUUUGUGUAUCCUGUUUCAAACUAUGAUGAUCUGUUUUUGUCUGACCUUCUCUGUGUUGUAUCAGAAGCCCAUUUUCUUACUGUGUCUUGUCUUGCUUUCCCUUAAGAUGUUAUUUCAGCUAAUUUACGAGAAGUCAUUUAACCACCUUUCCCGAUUGAUUUCUUGUCACUCAAAUAGUUUUAGAUUUAGGUACUGAAGUUUUGAGACAUGCACCCUGACAUUUCUACUGCCAUCCCAGUACAAUUGGAAAAGACAAAUUCCUUAGGGUUGCAACUUAUCAUUUAAAAAAUAUAUAUAUUAUACCCAAAUGUAUAAAAUUUACUCCCACAGAAGAAAAAUAGAACAAACAGGACAUUGCUUCUGGCAAUACAUACAAUUUAGCUUUUUUUCAAGUUUAGAAAAAUCCCAAACUACAUACAACUAGAGGUAAGUGGUAAAAAAUUGCUGUAAUUUUGGUGAAUUUUUCAAAACAAUUUUACCAUACAAAAACAGCUUGAAAAUCAUCUUGAUGAUGACACUGACUCGUACUGUGCCUCUCUCGUUUUCACUCUGACCCUCUUCAGAAAUGUUAUCAACAUCUGAUCUGGGAUCUGAUCACAAGUGGUCAGAGUUAAGCGCAGGUCUGAACGCACCCAAAUGCGUCCUGAGAUCUGAUCACCACCACCCAAAUGCGGAGGUGGUCCAGGAAGCAUGUGAUCAGAAGUGAAUGCAAAUGCAAUCUGGGCCACAUAGGAAGGGCUGCAUACUCAUCUUACCUACCACAGUUUCACAAUGAAUUAAACAUAUUUAAUAAAGAAUCUAACAUUUUUACACUUCUCAGUUCCCAUAUUUUGUUUGUAGCCACAGCAAAAAUAUCAACACUUAUCACAACAUAAUGAUUGAUGUUUUCCUUAAAUUGAUAAACUCCUCACAGCUACAUGACAUUAAUUCAACCCCUCCAUACUCCUCUCUCCCUACCUCUUGCUUACUAGCUCACACCAACUCACAGAAGCACACAGUCACAUCUGCAUAUCCAAUCUGGAUAAAAACACAAACCAAAAAAAAUUGUAUUGUAAUGUAAUUAUUUGCAUUUAGAGUGGGAAUGUGAGAUCUGAUUGCAAGUGGUCACAGGAGACAUUUAGGAUGCAUUUAAUGUAAAUUGUGACACAAACUUAACGCUCUCCACUUGUGAUUGAAUCUCUCAGGAUGGAUGUUAUUACUAGGUGUGAACAUGGCCUCUGUGCCCAGAAAACCCAUUCUUACACUGACUGAGCGUCUACAAUGUUCAAAAAACAUUGUUCAACUACAGCUAUUAUUAAGCAAAGAAACUUAAAAUAUCAGGAGUUCGCUGUGUUUGUUUCAGUGACUGCACUUCCUGUUCAGGCCUUGUUUCAGUUAAGUGAGUGUGGCUACGCAGUGAAAGAUUGAUGGGCUGUGUUCUCUGUACAUGGAAAAACUGCAUAACGGUCACAACUCAGAGCUGUUACUCAGCACAAGUUACAUAAGCUGUUUUUAAGACAUUUGGGUCUCCUGAGUUUUCCUUUCACACAUGCACAUCACAGCGGGAGAUUCUCUGCUUCGACACGUUUACAACAGGAACCAAUCAUUUGCAUGAUUCAGGUGAGGGGUGGUGCAGCAGGCUGAAGGACAUAAUGAAUUCUGCUGCAGAGAUCACAUCGACACCAGCUUCGACUGUCAUUGCCACAAACUGUCUUGACAUCUUCAUCGGGGUCUUCUUGUAUGGUGCCGCUUUUUCAUCUGCAGAUACUUGUUUUCUUUUUGUUUUUUUCAUGUUUCCAUCUGUUGCGUGUCAGAAACAUCAUUAACAGGUUUACGAAACUAUUUAAUAUAUAGAUAGGUCACAUCUGCAUAAAUGAUCAUCAGAAUGAUCCCUGAUUUUUAUCCCACACUUGAUUGACAGAUUGAUGCAUCUCAAUUUAGAAUACACAGCAAUUACAAAAUAAGGUCUGACCCUACUAAUGAAAAAAAAACAGAACAUAGAAGGCUGCUGUAACCCAAGAGGUUACCAUGGUCAGUUGUCUCAGUACGGAGCACACCGCACACAGCUUUCAGCUUACAGAUCUCUUUAAUGAUGGACACAUACGUUUACUCAGUACCAGUAUACACUCCCCUCUGCUUUUCUGCAGGGCUGGCUAUUCGCUCUGUUCUUUUGUCUCCAUGGCUUUCAGAGGACCACGAUCCUGUGUGCAGCAUUCCUGUCUCUGUCUCCCUCUGUGACAGUUGUCAAAUACCCACCAGGCACAGCUGGAGGUGUCCCUGAGCCACCUCCUCAUCCACAGCUGUAAAUCAUUUUGAUUGAUGAUAAAAAAUUGUUUUUUUGUUGUUUUUUCCUCCAAACAAAAUCAGUUUGCCAGCUUGCUUUGCUCUUGCCUUGUUUUGUUGAGUCAUUGUUGCACUGUUAAUCUGGGAAAUUUAAUGGCUUUUGACUGUGCAAAAUUCAAAUGUCAACUUACAGUAUCUGUAUUCUCCCCUUUUUUGUAUUUUCGUAGAAAAGCUUAGCUUCCUGCAGUAACACAGAUUAUCUCUCUGUUUUCUCCUUUUUUUGGAGAAAAGCUUGGCCUCCUGCAGUAACACCAAUUCUAUUCAGUGAAUGAUAAAAAAUAAGUCUUGGCUAUAAAAUUAUCUCUACUGGAGAAAAGUAUAAAAUCCUGUUAAAGAGAACCUGUGUAAAAAAAAUGUGAACUUCUGCAUAGAGCAUAUUAAGCAGCAUCUGGGUUUUAAUGGACUUCAAAAAUGCCUUCAAAAAUGUAUUAACUUGACAUUCACAAUUCACAUUUACACUAAUACUAAAAUCGGCACACUGUAUCUAUUAUUUAAGAUUUUCACCUAUGUGAACUGCUCUCUGCAUUUUAUACCUCUGUUUGUCCAAUUUUUUUUUAGAAAUUUGAAUUCUUUCCAAAUAUUCUGGAGAUAUUUUCAGCACACGCACAGAGAAUAAAUAUUUCUCAGUUGCAAUACAA